AUGGCGGUCAAAGAAAUCUUGCAGGAGGUAUUGCCAUUGAACUUUGCUACCAACGUCCGCGUGGUGCUCGGUGCUGCCAUCUCGACGGUUCUCAUCUACGGGGUCGUCAAUGUCGUGUACAACCUCUUCUUUAGCCCUCUGGCAAAGUUCCCCGGACCAAAACUAGCCGCAUGCAGCCACGUCCCCAACUUUUACUGGCUCAUGACUGGCCAGCAUCAUUACAAGAUGAAGGAGCUUCACGAUGAAUAUGGAGACGUGGUGCGGGUGAGCCCGACCACGCUCGUGUAUCGCAGCCCCCAGGCAUGGAAGGACAUUUACGGACACCGCAAGGCCGGCCAAGGAUCGUUCCUGAAAGAUCCCGGAACUUAUAUCUCCGGCCCAAGCGGUCCGAGUAUUAUCAACUCCAAUGAAGCCGAUCACUCGAGAGAGCGACGAUUGCUCUCCCAUGCCUUUUCCGAAAAGGCCCUCAGAGACCAGGAGGGCCUGGUCCAGUCCUACGUGAAUUUGCUCGUGGAGCGAUUGAAAGAGCAAAUUGACAGUGCACCCCAAUCGACAGUCGACCUCGUCUCCUGGUACAACUUCACCACGUUCGAUAUCAUCGGUGAUCUGGCCUUCGGAGAACCAUUCUGGUGCCUACGCGACAGCCAGUACCACCCAUGGGUGCAAAUGGUCUUCAUCAGUACCAAAACAAGUGUCUUCCUACGCCCGGGCAAGAUAUAUCCCGUCCUGGCCCCAUUCUUGAAGAAACUGGUCCCUGGAAAACUGGCAGAGAUGCGCGCCAGUCACUUUUCCUUGAGUACUGAGAAGGUCCGCCGCAGACUACAAACUAAGACAGACCGGCCGGAUUUCAUGACCUAUGUCCUUCGAGCGACCGAUGAACGCGCCAUGACCAUCCGCGAGAUGGAAAGCAAUGCAGCACUUUUGAUCUUGGCCGGUAGCGAAACCACGGCAACCCUUCUCUCCGGCUUCACCUACUAUAUGCUCGUCCAUCCGGAAGUUCAGCGAAAGUUGCUCGAGGAGGUGCGAGGAUCAUUCAAGUCCUUCGACGCAAUCACCUUCCAGGCCGUGGCUCAGCUCCCCUACCUGAAUGCAGCUCUCGAGGAGACCCUGCGAAUGUAUCCUCCCGUUGCAGAUAUCAUCCCCAGAGUGGUGCCCAAGGGAGGCGCCAUGGUCGAUGGUCAAUUCAUCCCCGAAGACACCGUCGUCACGGGUCAAUUCUAUUCAUCCUUCCACGCCGAAUCUCAUUUCACCGAGCCUGACUCGUUCAUCCCGGAGCGAUGGUUGGAGCCUCGCGAUCCACGGUUCGAAAACGACACUCGUGCCGUCUUUCAUCCUUUCUCCCUUGGACCGCGUAAUUGCUUGGGUAAAAAUCUCGCCUACGCUGAGAUGCGACUGAUCACAGCCAAAAUGUUAUGGAGCUUCGACAUGACCUUGCAAGAGGGGGCCGGCAGCUGGCCAGUCCAAGAGACUUAUAACCUCUGGGAGAAGAAACCGCUCAUGGUGAAACUGGCGCGUGCGCAAAAGUCAACAUGA